UGACCACGUCUGCUGGGCCAGCUGAUGAUAUGGCAUUCACGCGAAUAUUUGAUUUAUAAAAACGAAUCAACCAUCGAACUAUCAAGUCGCACGGCGCCGGGGCGAAAAAAUAACGCAGUACUAAUUUUCGAAAAAAGACGCGAGUGAAAAAUCGAGUUCGAAAACCUCAAUUCUCGUUUUCGUCGACCUAGUGACCAGGAAGUUAAACUAGGACAACAAAAGCUGGACAAAACCUUAUGGAUUUUAGAUUUUAAAAGCAAAAAAAAUGUCCAGAAAGAGAGUGAGGGAAGAGGAAGAAGAAAUGCAAAAUAAUACUGACUAUCCUAAAAAUCAAAACGGGGAUCAUGCAUCUUGUUCCAGAGAACAGUCGCCAACCUUUCCGUCUAUUUUCAAAGAAGCGCCUUUUAGUGAUGAUCCAGAGGCUAUAAUUGAAAGGGAUGCGUGUGAUUACAGAGAUAGAAUUUUAUUGGAAAAUGCCAAAUCCGGUAAAGUUCCCAGGAGGGUGAGAGUCUAUGCUGAUGGAAUCUACGAUCUUUUUCACCAAGGACAUGCCCGACAGUUAAUGCAAGCGAAAAAUAUCUUUCCAAAUGUUUACCUUAUCGUCGGAGUGUGCAGCGAUGAAUUGACACACAGCAAAAAGGGAAGAACCGUAAUGACCGAUUCAGAAAGGUACGAUGCUGUGAGACAUUGCCGAUACGUCGACGAAGUCGUCAGAGACGCGCCGUGGGAAUUGGAUGAUGAGUUCAUCGAGGAGCACAAGAUCGAUUUUGUCGCACACGAUGACAUACCCUACAUGACAGACGAUGCGGAGGAUGUUUACGCGAGGCUGAAAGAAAAGGGAAUGUUCGUCGCGACCCAGAGAACAGAAGGUGUGUCGACAUCCGAUAUCAUCGCAAGAAUGGUCAAAGAUUAUGAUAUUUAUGUCAGGAGAAAUCUCGCCAGAGGUUACAGUGCCAAGGAUCUUAAUGUUUCUUUCCUAAACGAAAAGAAGUUCAGGUUGCAAAACAAGUUUGACGACUUGAAAGAUAAGGGCAAACAGAUGAUGGAAAAUUUUGGCGAGAAAAAGUUGGACAUAAUAAGUAAGUGGGAAGAAAAAUCGAGGGAUUUCAUCGAUACCUUUCUUCUCUUAUUCGGCCGUGAAGGUCGAUUGUCGACGAUAUGGAACGAAAGCAAAGGUCGCUUAAUGCAAGCGCUAUCGCCUCCGGCCAGCCCUAAAAGGGACGGAAGCCCAAAUAGCAGUUGUAGUGCCAGCAAUGACGAAGAACAGACAAGUCCUCCACCUAAAAAGGCCGGUCGCUACGAAUUUGCGAAUCCCGGUCACUAUUUAAGCGACGACUACAGCGACGACGAGGAGGAGUAUCGAAUGUCCAAGUGAUCCUUAGAGGAACCUCUCGUCCGACUCGACCAAAUUUAGCAAGCUUUAUUUUCUAAGCAAUUAUUAUUUUAGCAGCGUAAUUAUUCGUGGCCAAUGAGUUUCGUUUAUUUUAAAUAAUCGAUUCUCUCGAGAGAGACUAUAAAACCACUUCUUUGAAUCUUGUGUUGUCCCACGACAAUUUUUUGCUACUGCGAAUGCACGACCUGAACUCUCUUUUAAAUUAUCCGAUCCACUUGAUUUAAGUGAACCCUCAAGUACUUAUACUUUCUGCGUCAUUGCGACCCCGGAUUUUGUUUCUCAUUUUGAAAAAGAGAUGUGACUAAUUUUUUACGAAACGAUGAGACGUGGGCAUUAUUAUAGAUGAUGAAAAAUUCAAAUCAGGAUUGAAGUCAGAUGUCGAGAUCAAGAUUUAAACUGAGAUUAAAAGAUUGAAAUUAAAAUAUUUAAACUAGUUGUGAUAUGAAGGGAAAAAAAGUUUCAAUAUACUAAUUUAUAAUCCCCAGAAACGAAACUGAACAAUAAAGAAACGAUUCGAGAUGUUCGAGUACAUACGUAAUAUUUUGUAAUGAAAGAGUUGCCGAAUGAAAAUUUGUCCUUCGAAAAUCUGGGGUCAGUUUGCAGGAACGAAUAAGUGUCGUCGAAGUACUGUAGGAAUUGAGAACUGUAAGAAAAUCAAGCUGCACAUUGUAUUUGAAUGUGUGGUGCAUUCUGCCGUUUCAAGUGAUUUUUUAUAGUUUUUAAUUCACUAGCGAUUUUAUAUGGACUAUUUUAUAUAGAGCGAUUUCUAAGUAGCUUUAGAGACCGAAAACGCGCUGUGUCUGUUGCGAGAUGUAGUCUCCUUUCCUAGGAAAGAUGAAAACUUUUGUCGUCCCUUUACAGAGAAAUAUUGUUACUGAAAGACUUGGCGUUGACGAUUAUUCAAACUGGUCUUCCGUUCUUCAUCCGGAUGUGAUUUUCUCACUUUCGAAUUCAAAAUCAA